GCCUUAAUAGAAGGCAAAGUGCAUCUUCGCUGGACGGUGUUGGAAACGAGGAGAAACCAACAGAAAAGAACACCAAAAGGGCAACCACAAGGGUUUCUGCUUUUUGGAACACUCUUAACCCAGGCCUCCAGCCCAGCGCCCGCGAGCCGGGUGAGCGGCCGCCACCUCCCCUGCGUCUGCAGGACCCGCUCCUCCAUGAACUUGCCAAAACCCGAGCGCCUCUGCCGCGCACCGCAGCGCAGCCUCCGGAGCUCCGACGGGGAAGACGGUGAGAUCGACAUCCUGGGAGAGGAGGAAGAUGAAGACGAGGAGGAGGAAGAGGAAGACGAAGAGGCGGAGGAGAGCCCGCGGUUCCUAGCGCAGCCGGGGGCGCCAGAGGCGCGGCGGGGCGCGGGCGCGCUUCCCCGAGAGCCCCCCGAGAGCGGCGGCGCCCCGAGCGACUCCUCCAAGUUUGGCACCGAGUUCAGGGCGUCAAGCGGCCCUGCGGCGGCCUCUGGGGGCGGCCCGCAGCCGGCGAAGCCCCCCUACUCGUACAUCGCGCUCAUCACCAUGGCCAUCCUGCAGAGCCCGCACAAGCGCCUCACGCUCAGCGGCAUCUGCGCCUUCAUCAGCGGCCGCUUCCCCUACUACCGCCGCAAGUUCCCCGCCUGGCAGAACAGCAUCCGCCACAACCUCUCGCUCAACGACUGCUUCGUCAAGAUCCCCCGCGAGCCGGGCCACCCGGGCAAGGGCAACUACUGGAGCCUGGACCCCGCCUCCCAGGACAUGUUUGACAACGGCAGCUUCCUCCGGCGCAGGAAGCGCUUCAAGCGCCACCAGCCGCCGCCGGGAGUCCACCUGCACCAGCCCCCGCCCGUGCCCGCCGCGCCCGCCGCCCUGCACGGCCUCUGCCCGGGCCUGCUGCUCGGGCCCCCCGCCCCGCCGCAGCCAGUCCCGGGGGCCUACCCCGCCGCCGCCGCCGCCGCCGGCAGCCGCCCGUGCGCGCUGCUGCACCCUCACCCGCUUCGCUACCUGCUGCUGUCGGCCCCGGCCUGCGCCGAGACGCCCGGGAAGGCGCUGCGCGCCGACCUGGCCGCCGCCGGCGCGCUCUCGCCGCUGCAGCCCUCCCCGCGCUCCCGGCCUCGGGAGGAGGGCAAGGGGCCGGCGGCGCGGCCGCGAGACCGAUGCACCCCCUUCAGCAUCGAGAGUAUCAUGCGAGGGGCCCGGGGAGGGGGCACCGGGGCCGCGCAGGGUCUGCCCCCGACCCCGUGGGGCUACUGCCACCUGCUGCAGCGCCCGGCGGGCCUGUUGCAGCACCGGGCCGCCCCCCCCUUGCUGCGCGUGUCCGCUGCGGCCGCCGCGUCGGCUGCCCGGACCCUGUUGGAGCAGCCGCAGCAGCCCCCGCAGCAGGGCCGUACCAGCGGCGGCGCUCCGAGCGAGGGCGCUCUGCUGGGCCAGCGCCUGUCCGCCCCCGCGGCGCUGCUGGGGUGUCAGCCCGGAGCAGGAGGCCCCGGGCUGCCCACGGUGGCCAGCCUUUCCGGCAGAGAGGGUAUCUUGCCGGCCUUUUGAGGAGCAUCCACGCCCUGUCCGGGCGCUGACUCCGCGGGGCGCACCUGCAGCCCAGGUGUAGCGCAGAGCAAUGAGGGGUCCCGCUCGCCUCGCCUUCUGCUCUCACGCACAACACCCUGCGCGGCGGGGGCAACGCGGGUGCAUCUGAAUCCCUCAGCCGGACAACCACUAACUGAAGCACAGUUCGGGUCGCUGCAAAAUAUUUACAAAGCUCAAGUCGGAUACUGUCCAGACAACCGGGACAUAAACUUCGGACGGCGGCAACUCUUGUCCUUUUUUUUUUUUUUUUUUUUUUUUUCUAGCCUCAGGUUGUGGCUUCUAGGACUUUUCCGGUUACACAUUUUAGAGGAAGUAGGAACGUGAGCGGGAUAUUUCGUUCUGUUUUAAAAAA